GCCAAGAGGCCUCUGCCGGAAUGGGCGUGCGCUGUCGGUCUGUCGACUGAGCGCCGGCAUGCCUGCCUGCCCAAUCGGCCGGCACAACUCGACAGUGCAGUGUUCAGAAGCGAGGCGCCGAUCGAUGCGGCUUUGCUGCUUUCUCGGGCUGCGUUGGGCUAUGCUUGGCUGGACUGGGCUAAACUGAGCUGA